CAGAGGGUCCGGUUGCGGCUGCCGCUGCGACUGAGGAAGAGCGAGCUCCGUGGCCCGAGUCCGGAGUCCGGUCUGGGGCUGGGCUGACCUGGGCACUGACAGGUGACCCCGGGUUCAGGCCCGGGGCCGGGGAGCAGCGCAGCUCCGACAACUUGGAUACAAAGAGUUUUGGAGUGUGAGGCCUAAAAAGCCCCUUCAGUUGGCAGGAGAUCAAGAUGCCAUUAUGUCACUGUGCUGCAAGACACAGUGACUCUGAUGGAGAGUGGGGCCAUCCCAACAGCAGUGGGCUCAAGGUUUUUCUCCACUGGAGCAAUGGGGGUGACCAGUAUGUGACCUACAAUCAGGGCACCAUGACUGCAGAGGAAGUCUGCAUUCACAUUGCACAGAAAGUGGGGAUCACCCCACUCUGCUACAACCUCUUUGCAUUAUAUGAUACCCAGGCUCAAGUCUGGCUGCCUCCUAACCACCUCUUUGAGAUCACCAAGGAUACCAAUCAAACCCUGCAAUUUCGAAUGAGGUAUUACUUCAGGAACUGGCAUGGGCUGAACACCCAGGAGCCAGCUGUGUACAGAAGCAUGCCUCGAGGUUUUGAGGUCUCUGAAGAGAAGACCAGGAUUGAGCAGGGGUGUGCUUUGCUGGACAAAGCCUCCUUCGAGUACCUCUACGAACAGGGAAAGUCUGAGUUUGUCAAUGAUGUCGCGUCCCUUUCGGACCUGCACAGUGACGCGGAGGUUCAGCACUUCAAGAACGAGAGCUUGGGCAUGGCCGUGCUGCACCUUUCCCACCUUGCUCUGCAGCGCGGCGUGCCCCUGGAAGAGGUGGUGAGGAAGACCAGCUUCAAAGACUGCAUCCCACGCUCCUUCAGCCGACAAAUCCAGCAGAACAAUUCUCUGACUAAGUUCCGCCUAAGGAACGUUUUCCAGAAGUUUAUGAGACGAUUCCAUCUGCAGACAGUGGGUCCGGGGCGUUUUAGUGAACAGGACAUUAUGUUCAAAUACCUGGCUACGCUGGAACAGCUGGCCCCGCGCUUUGGCACUGAACGCUUCCUUGCCCUGACCUUGGCGUUGCCCACAGAGGCUGAAAGGGAUCUGUGCUAUGUCAAUAGCAGUGAGCAAGGGCCUACGCUUCCACCGGGAGCCACUCUCUCUCUCGCUGACCAGGCGCCUACCCAUGAGGUUCUAGUGACGGGGACAAGUGGUAUCCAUUGGCGGCUUCUUCAGGUGGAGGACUCUGACUUGAAAGUCAACCACUCCCAAAGCUCCCUUGGUAAGAAGUCCAAGACCCGGGGGUCAGAGAGCCGGAAGCUGAGCCAGUUGCCCACUGAGAAGAAAGAGAUUGUCUGGACAUAUUUUUGUGACUUCCAAGAUAUUACCCAUAUUGUGGUCAAGGAGAACAACGUCAGCAUCCACCGUCAGGACAACAAGUGCCUGGAACUGACUCUCCCUUCACCUAUGGUGGCACUCUCUCUGGUAUCCCUGGUUGAUGGCUACUUCAGGCUGACAGCAGACUCCAGCCACUAUCUGUGCCAUGAAGUGGCCCCACCGAGGCUGGUGAUGAGCAUUCAGAAUGGCAUCCAUGGGCCCCUGCAAGAGCCUUAUGUACUGUCCAAACUGAAGCGAGAGGAAGUAGAGGAUGGACUCUACCUUAUCCGCUGGAGUUCCUUUGAUUUCCACCGCCUCAUCCUGACUGUGGCCCGGAAAGACCAGGCAGCUGGAGCACAGGGUCUCCGCUACAAGCAGUUCCGAAUUGAAGAGCAGGGCCUGACCUUCCAGCUUGAAGGCUGGGAUCAAGCCUUUCCCAGUGUUCGUGAGCUCACUGCAGCCCUGCAAGGCUGCACGCUGCGAUCCAGUUCUGGCUCUGGUCCUGGCUCUACCCUAGAGAGCUUCACACUCAGCAAAUGCUGCCUGCCUCGAGCAGGAGAAAUUUCCAAUCUGAUCAUUACUCGGCAGCGUCCUAAGGAGGGUCCCAAACCACUUAACUUGUCCCAGCUCAGCUUCCAUCAGAUCCGAAAGGAAGAAAUAACCCAGCUGGCUCACCUAGGCCAAGGCACCCGGACCAACAUUUACGAGGGACUUCUGCACGUGGGGGGUGGAAUGGGAGGCGAGGAUGAGGAAGAAGAAAACAUUCCCUCAGAACCCAACAACAACCAUCGGGAGCUUCGAGUAGUGCUAAAGGUGUUGGAUCCAAGUCACCGCGAUAUUGCUCUGGCAUUUUUUGAGACAGCCAGCCUAAUGAGCCAGGUCUCCCACAUCCACCUGGCCUUUGUCCAUGGUGUUUGUGUCCGGGGCUCUGAGAACAUCAUGGUGGCAGAACACGUAGAACAUGGGCCAUUGGACGUAUGUCUGCGGCGAGAGAAGGGCCAUGUGCCAGUGGCCUGGAAGAUUACUGUGGCCCAGCAGCUUGCCAGUGCUCUCAGCUACCUAGAGGACAAAAACCUGGUUCAUGGCAACGUCUGCGCCAAGAACAUCCUGCUGGCAAGGCGAGGCCUUGGGGACGGCACUCAGCCCUUCAUCAAGCUCAGCGAUCCUGGUGUCAGCGUCGUGGCCCUCUCCAGGGAGGAGCGGGUAGAGCGCAUUCCCUGGAUCGCCCCUGAGUGUGUCCCCAGUGGGACGGGUCUCAGCACAGCUGCUGACAAGUGGAGCUUUGGAACGACACUGUUAGAGAUCUGCUUUGACGGGGAAGCGCCUCUCCAGGGUCGUAGCCCUUCUGAGAAGGAGCGAUUUUAUGAGAAGAAGCACCGGCUCCCUGAGCCCUCGUGCAAGGAGCUGGCCACGCUCAUCAGCCAGUGCCUCACCUAUGACGCCAGCCAGCGGCCCUCCUUCCGAACCAUCCUGCGCGAUCUCACGCAGCUGCAGCCCCAGAAUCUCGACAUCACCACCAUGAGCCCAGAGUUCCCAGCCUCAGAUCCCACCAUUUUUCAGAAACGCUACCUGAAGAAGAUCCGGGACCUGGGAGAGGGCCACUUUGGCAAGGUGAGCCUCUACUGCUAUGACCCAACUAAUGACGGCACAGGGGAGAUGGUGGCUGUGAAGUCUCUCAAGGCUGGCUGCAGUUCCCAGCUCCUGAGCAGCUGGCAGCGGGAGAUUGAGAUCCUCCGGACGCUCUACCACGAGCACAUCGUCAAAUAUAAGGGCUGCUGCAGUGACCAAGGGGAGAAGAUGGUCCAGCUGAUCAUGGAGUAUGUGCCACUGGGCAGCUUGCGGGAUUAUCUCCCCAAACACAGCUUGGGGCUGGCCCAGAUUCUGCUGUUUGCUCAGCAGAUCUGUGAGGGCAUGGCCUACCUCCAUUCCCAACACUACAUCCACCGAGACCUGGCAGCCCGAAAUGUCCUUCUGGAGAAUGACAACACUGUCAAGAUUGGGGACUUUGGUCUGGCCAAGGCCGUGCCAGAAGGCCACGAUUACUACUGUGUCCGGGAGGAUGGAGAUAGCCCCGUCUUCUGGUAUGCUAUGGAGUGUCUCAAGGAGUGUAAGUUCUACUACGCCUCCGACGUCUGGUCCUUUGGGGUCACCUUCUACGAACUGCUGACCCGCUGUGACUGCAAUCAAACCCCACCCUUGAAAUUCAUCGAAAUGAUUGGGGUCACCCAGGGCCAGAUGACAGUGCUGAGGCUCAUAGAUCUGCUAGAGAGAGGCCAGAGACUACCUUGUCCCAAGGACUGUCCCUAUGAGAUCUAUCUUCUCAUGAAGAAUUGCUGGGAAUCUGAAGCCUCCUUCCGCCCAACCUUCCAGAACCUUGUUCCCCUCCUCAAGACAUUCCAUGAGAAGUAUAGAAGUCAAGCUCCCUCUGUGUUUAGUGUAUGCUGAAGGGGAGGCCUCAAGCAAUUCAGCCAGCCUGAGCUCACCUGUGCAUAGGGGAGUAGGAAAUCCAGCUGGGGCCUUAUUUUUAGGCCCCCUCCGUGAUUGGAGACUGUCUUCCCCUCUCUCCACCAUCCUCAGUCCUGGAGGGAGUGAGGCCAUUUUUAACCCCUUGGGACCCUUGGGGAAAAGCCCAUUGGUGCCAUCCUCAACCUUUUCCCCCAGUGCUAGGAGGUGCCUGGGGGCUGUAUGGCCAGGGCUGACUGGUUACUCCAUAUAAGUGUGAAACUCUGGAAACAAGAGAACGCAACACUGUGACCUCUGCCAUACUUCUCCCUCAGAGUGGGAAUGAGGGUCAGCCAGUCUCCCUAGGCCACUUACCUUGUGCCUUGCCCCAGUUCCCUUCUCUCACAACACACCUCUGCCCCCCACCCCAUCCCCCAUUACCUCAGGACCAGUGAGGGGAAAACUUGAUGCCUUUUUUCCAAGAGGCCUUAACUCUCUUUCUCUGCCUUUAUCCCAAUCCCUUGUACCCCUUUUGCUUCUUGAGUUCCAUUUUGGAUACGGCAGGACUGAGAGUAGAGACUACUCUUUGUGCCCUGCUUUAUCCACAAGCAAAACCAUGGUCUGCCAACAUGAGCUUCAGUUGGGUAGGACCAGCCAUAGGAAACUACAGUUUUCAAAGAUUAAAACACAGGGUCUGCCCCUCCCUAGGGUCAGUCACUUGGGCUAGAUGAGGCAGAGUAGGCUUAAGUUGUGAGCUCCGUCUUUCCUUUUACUGUAGCCACACUUGUUUUGUUCUUUCUCUCUCCUUCUCCUCUCCCCUCCCCCUUCUUCUUUCCUCAUAUUGGGUCUCCUGGUCUCUAAAGUGAAUCUAGACUGGGUGUGGAUGGGGAUGGAGUUAGUCAUCACAGUAUCACUUCCUUUCUCCAAGAAACACUGCCAUCUCCUCUUAUUUCCCACUCAAGUCCAGCAGGCCUUCUUUCUAUAAAUCAGCUUCUCCCAGAAUGUGACGCCAAUCUCUGGUCAGGUUUGCAUCUGGGCCCCCACCAGUUUCACAGCUCACUCAGAAAAGAGUGUCUGUGUGUGAAAGAGAGGGCCAUUCAGAGAGGUUCCCUGGCCUCUGUAGGCCUUGAGGGCAGGAAUUUUCUCCCCUUGCCUGUGGCACAGUGUCCCCAGGCUUCCCACCAGGAACUCUAUAGAGUGUUUGUGGUGGAGGAAGAGCAAGAGCAGGCAGGUCCCCAGCCACAGGAUCCUGUCGAUUGGUCUGCAGAUGUGAUGCAGCUUGCCUCAUGACAUCAUGCAUGAAUGUGGUCCUCAGCCAAGGUAAAGAUUUAAUUAAUUUAAUAAAAAGGCAGAAGCUUCUGGGCACUAUCCAGGUGGAUGAGACCGAGGAGGGAGCUGCCUUUCUUUAUAAUCAGUUAUCCACCCAGUUUAGUAACUCCUUCUUAUAUUCCCGGGGGAACCUGUUAAUCCCUCCCACGGUAGCUGGGGGAAGAGAGCACAGGUGGAAGUGAUUAGCACUGGGCAGAGGAGGACACACUGUAGCUGAAAUGUGUGCCUGGAGAUCGAGUGGGUCUGAUGGAACAUCUUCAGUGAAGGCUUGACCACCACCCUGAGCAGCACUAAGGGAGGGACCAGGGAUGUGCUUUGAGCUCACAUUCUGUCCACCAUCCCCUAGCCCUCUAAUCCUCCCCUCAGCCCAGGAGCUUUACUCUCAAUCGGAGCAAUGGACAUUUGGAUUCAGAGUCUAGGAAGGGAAUUAAAAUUCCCAGCUCUGCUCCCUCCUGUGUGUGUGUUACCUUGGGCAAAGACCUUUCUCUUCUAUAAAAUGAUUGGCUAGAUAAGCUUAAAGGUCACUUGAAGUUCUGCAUCUGAACCUGUUGUAAGGAAUCUAUCAUAUUGGACUUCAGCAAAGCACCAAGUUGGAAAAGGGGACUUGGAAGUAUAAAGCACUCUAGAGCUUAGAGCCUGAGACAAAUAUUUAACCUCAUAACUUUAAUGGUUGUCCCCAGUCACUGAGCUGUGUGAGAUCCCCACGGGAUCAGGAAGGUGAACUGUGGGACCAUCAAAAGUUAGGGUGAGGUUCCUCACCGAGGAAUUCAGGAUUUGAAUUAAAACAUCCUUUUGACCUGUUUGGCAGAGCUGUUGCUUUCUGUGAAGAGCCCAGCAACCAAACAGCCUGCUCGGACCAGACUAGCAACAGCUGCCCAGUGGCCAAGAGACUUGUGUAGGUUGGUCUGUCCACAAGCCCCGUGAAGGGCUGGCUCAACAGCAGAACAAACUACUUAAUAAACCCAGCAGCAAACUGCGCUAGCUACCUAAGACAUCUUGUUCUCCGAGUGGUAAGCAUAGCCUGAAGAGCCUAUCCAACGGAGAUGUAUCCUCGGAAAAAUUAGCCUGGCAAUGGAGUGGCUUGUUCAUCACUGUUACUAGUGCUCUCCUGUAAGGAACUUCUUGAGGAUUCUGGAAAAAGAACAUGAAAUCCCUGAUAUUCCAGAAUUGUGAAUUGCCUUGGGUACAUGUGUUCCCUACAUAUGUGCCUCACUACACUGUACUUUUAAGUUCAUGUCUGCUUAUCCCUAACAGAGUCUAUGUAUAUUUGUGGGAGAAUACAUCCCAGAUUUUUUUGGGAAAUGCUUUGUAAUUACUGUUCUUGUUACGUCAUUUGAGUAAAUGUCUUGUCUAAGAGUUA